CCGUGCAGUGAGCUGUUAUAACGGGCAUAAUAGGAGCUAGCUAGCGGUUAGCUGUAGUAGCGCCGCGCCUCGUUAAAAUCAUGUUUUUAUUGUUUCUGCAGUAACGUUACAUGUCUUUGGGGUAGCUGAAAUAUUGCUGAUAAAUGUCUACAGAGUGAGAAAGCGAGGGCGGAGGUUUCGUGGUCGUGCUUGUAUCUGGCAGCAGCUCAAGCUCUGCAGAGUACUUGCGCCAGGCUGAGUUGACUCUGCAGGGGAAGAUGUGCAAUGGAAUUAUAGAGACUAUAUCAAAAGCCUUUUGGACACACACCUCAGUCACUGAAUGGUCCUUCUUGUUGCUGCUGGUACUGACUGUAGUGUCCACCGGACAAGGGUCGGGAUGUGUGAGGCCAUACAUGGCACAGAACAGCUGGGUAAACCUCACAGAAACCAACCGGGGCUUGUUCCCUGUGGGCACAGUGCUGCAGUACAGCUGUGACCCUGGUUACCGGCCAGAUGGACCCAGCAUCCUCACCUGCACCACACUGGGAUGCUGGUCCUCUGAUCCUCCUCGCUGCAUCCACAGCGGUGGUGUAUGUCUUCCCUUAUCCAAACCUGAGAAUGGAGGCUAUACCUGCCACCCGUCCCCCUGUCGAAUGUUUUCCCACGGCACUGUGAUUGAGUUUUUCUGUGAUGAGGGCUUUGUUCUCACUGGAGAUUACAACUAUCUGACAUGUCAGGAUGGACAGUGGGACAGCCCUGUGCAGAUCACUUGUGUGAGCCAAGGUUGUAUAAGACCUUCCAUGGUGCAGCAUGGAUCAACAAAUCUGACAGACACCAACAGGAGCUUGUUCCCUGUGGGCAUUGUACUACAGUAUAGCUGUGACCCAGGUUACCUGCCGGCUGGGCCCAGCAUCCUCACCUGCACCACACUGGGACGCUGGUCCUCUGAUCCCCCUCGCUGUAUUCACAGUGAUGGUUGUGUAAGACCCUCCAUGGUGCAGCACGGCUCAACUAAGCUGACAGGCACCAACAGCAGCUUGUUCCCAGUGGGAACAGAGGUACAGUACAGCUGUGAUCCUGGUUAUCUGCUAGACGGACUAAGAAUUCUCACCUGCAAUGCACAGGGACACUGGUCCUCUGAACCUCCUCGCUGUAUACGAAGUGAUGUAUGCCAACCCCCAUAUCAGCCAGAGAAUGGGGGCUACACCUGCCACCCCUCCCCAUGCAGAAGACUUUCUCAUGGUACUGUGAUUGAAUAUUUCUGUGAUGAAGGUUAUAUUCUGAAGGGAGAUUAUAAAUACCUUACCUGUCAGUAUGGGGAAUGGGACAGCCAAAUGAAGCUCAGCUGCCUCAUGGAACAAGACCGUGAUCCAACUUUACCAUUGGGAAUGCCUACUUUGUCCAUAGUGGCAUCCACAGCCAGCUCAGUUUCCCUUAUCCUGCUCCUGGUGGUGCUAUUUGUACUUCUGCAGCCAAAACUCAAAUCACUCCAUCGAUGUGAUCAAGGGGUGUCUGGCCAACCUGUGUCAAUCAUGGUGGAAGGAGUCCAGGUGUCUCUGCCCUCAUAUGAGGAGGCUGUGAGUGGUAGUGGAACCUCAUCCUCAGGUCUCAGCUCCGAGUCUCGAGUCCAGAUAGUGCUGUUUGAGGGUCAGCAUGCUACAGAGCCAGAGGCUGGCCCCUUGAGGCCUUCUUCCCUCAAACAGCAGCAUUCAGAGAUGGCUGUGGUUCACUCUGUACCACUAUCUUCAUCCUCUCCUUUACCAUCUCCCUCAUCCUCUGCCUGGGUUCUGGAGCAUGCAGUUUCUUCAUCCUCACAAAGAAGGCCGUCUGCAGGCAGCGACCAACACAGUCUAUCUCUGGACUCUGAAAUGGACUACACUGAUGAUAUGCCAUUGUUGAAGGAGGCCUGAAACAUGCUGCAACCUUUUCACUUAUCCAAGACAACCAGCAUAGCUACCGACCUGUUCUGGUGAGCGAGAUGCCUCUUGAGGGUUUGUCAACACAGACAAGCCAGGCUAAAGAGGCCUGAGUGAAGCUGUGAGUCACUCAGAACUGUUCCUCUCACUGUUCCAUAUGAGAACAGAGAAAGAAUGUACAUGUACAGUACAUACAUGCUCACAUGUUUUAUAGGAAUUGCUCCACUGUAUGUGUAUGUUUAAAGUCUGAGGCUCAUUCAGAAUUAAAAGAAGGAACAGGCUGCUCUGAACCAAUGUUUCUUAGAGGCUGUUGAGAAAAAUUACAAAUUAUCAUUUGAACAGGCUCAAAAGCAAACUCAUUUUGGGAGCUAAUAAUCUCAUCAUUGUCUGGUUUACUGUUACUUCUCUUUAAUCUCAUAUAACACAAUUCAUGACGCGCAUAAGCAAAGAUGCAUGAAGGCCAGAUAUUUUAGAUUGUUGUCCCAGUCAUGCACAUUCACAACAUUGUCUUCAGAAAUUUUUGUGAUUAUAAAUCAUUAUUUAAUCAUGGCUCAGUCUACAUGUGACUGUACAGUAUAAGGCUUAUUGUCCACCUAGUAAUUCACACUGUUAUGUUUUUCAUUUGAUUAAGGGCAAAGAUUUUAUGUAACCUACUGUUUCAGACAGAGUUGCAUCUCCAAACACGUUCUCGUCAUGCUCAUACCAUUGCCUCCAAAGGCCUUAACCUUCCGCUUCUAUGCACAGGUAUCUGUAAUAUGUCAAAUAAGUCAUUUUAAUAAUGAAUUUUGAGUUAAAUGUCUCCACUGCUUAGUGAUGUGAUGUGGCUUUGUCAGACACAUCACUUGUAGACCAGAAAAUAUUAUCUUCUUAAUUUAUUCAGGCUGCUUGUGAAUUCCUGUUUUAUGUUUAAACAGGAAACUAAUUGUGUGUUUUAUUUAUUUGUGUCCAGAAUGCUGGUGAUCAGCCAUGGGUUCUUUUUGAAGCUUCUAGUUCUUCUGCAUGUCAAAUGCGACACUGUAAAAGUGUUUGGGGAAAAUUCAACACAAAAAGAGAGUAAAUGUACAGUUCAGUGUAAUGUCAGUGUUCACUUUGUUUGUUCAUUGAAUUUAUGUUUGGAUCAAGGAACUGACUUUUUCUUUGUGCAGAUGGUAUUUUAAUAUAUGUAAUUUUUUUUAUUUAAGUUUACUAUGUACAUACCGUAUGAUCACUUUGAUUAAAUAUUAUUUGAGGUGUU